AGCCAAGGAAAAAAACCUUGCAAGCGUGGCUGCAAAGUUUGCCCCUCUUGUUACCCUCAGGCAAAAGAAUGAUUUCGAAAGGCCCAAGGGCUAUUUUUUGCAGGAGCGGUCACUCCCUAAAUCCAGGCAAGGAAAGGGAGGAGUCGGAGCCGAGUCACGCCCCUUUCCCUGUAAACUCAGGCCGCCCCUAGCUUAACACGCUGGAGUCUGAAGAGCGGACAGUAGCCGCACACCCCAAACUUUCCCCAUGGGUUCGGUUACCAGAGCCGUGUUUGGAGAGCUGCCCUCGGGAGGAGGGACAGUGGAGAAGUUCCGGCUGCAGUCUGACCUCCUGAGAGUGGACAUCAUCUCCUGGGGCUGCACAAUCACAGCCAUAGAGGUCAAAGACAGGCAGGGGAGAGCCUCAGACGUGGUGCUUGGCUUCGCCGACCUGGAAGGAUACCUCCAAAAGCAGCCAUACUUUGGAGCAGUUGUUGGGAGGGUGGCCAACCGAAUCGCCAAAGGAACCUUCAAGGUGGAUGGGAAGGAGUAUCACCUGGCCCUUAACAAGGAACCCAACAGCCUGCAUGGAGGAGUCAGAGGGUUUGAUAAGGUGCUCUGGACCCCUCGGGUGCUGUCCAAUGGCGUCCAGUUCUCGCGCGUCAGUCCAGACGGUGAGGAAGGCUACCCCGGAGAGUUAAAAGUCUGGGUGACAUACACCCUGGAUGGCGGGGAGCUCAUGGUUAACUAUAGAGCACAGGCUAGUCAGGCCACACCAGUCAAUCUGACCAACCAUUCUUACUUCAACCUGGCAGGCCAGGGUUCUCCAAAUAUAUAUGACCAUGAAGUCACCAUGGAAGCGGAUACGUAUUUGCCUGUGGAUGAAACCCUGAUUCCUACAGGAGAAGUGGCCCCAGUGCAAGGAACUGCAUUCGACCUGAGAAAGCCAGUGGAGCUUGGAAAACACCUGCAGGACUUCCAUCUCAAUGGUUUUGACCACAAUUUCUGUCUGAAGGGAUCUAAAGAAAAGCAUUUUUGUGCAAGGGUGCGUCAUGCUGCAAGCGGGCGGGUACUGGAAGUAUACACCACCCAGCCCGGGGUCCAGUUUUACACGGGCAACUUCCUGGAUGGCACAUUAAAGGGCAAGAGUGGAGCUGUCUAUCCCAAGCACUCUGGUUUCUGCCUGGAGACUCAGAACUGGCCUGAUGCAGUCAAUCAGCCCCACUUCCCUCCUGUGCUGCUGAGGCCUGGUGAGGAGUAUGACCACACCACCUGGUUCAAGUUUUCUGUGGCUUAAGAAAGUGUGAAGAUAUGACCUGAUCCAGGGCUAGGCUCAGCCGCCCGUCUCCUGUCCAGAAAAAAGGUGAAGAUUAAGAAGCUCUCAAAAUGAUUCUAUAGAUUAAAAUCAUACAAAUGGUGGCUGU